ACUCGCAGGCGCCCGUGUGCGGCCUUCCUCAGCAGCGACUCAGCGUGCUGACGGGGUGCUGACAGGAUGGGCGCGCGUGCCUGAAGGGGCAGGUGGGCGGCCAGGAAUGGGAAGGGUGUCUCACGCGCAGCACGUAGCUGCCGUGUCGGGCCAGGCGUUCCCCAGCAAAAAGACCAAAGCCGCUUUCGACGACGACAAGCCCUCUAAAGCCUCUCCGCCCAAGGAUAUAAACCAGCCCACAUCCACCUCCACCACCACACCCGCACCUACAGCCAUGUCUCCCAAGAUCGCCAUCAUCAUCUACUCCAUGUACGGCCAUGUCGCCAAGUUGGCCGAGUCCGUGAAGAGCGGCGUCGACGCCGCCGGCGGCUCCGCGACCAUCUACCAGGUCGCCGAGACCCUCCCCGAGGCCGUCCUCGAAAAGAUGCACGCGCCCCCCAAGGGCCCCUACCCCGUCAUCCAGCCCGCCGACCUCACCCAGUUCGACGCCUUCAUCUUCGGUGUCCCCACCCGGUACGGCAACAUGCCCGCCCAGCUCAAGGCGUUCAUCGACGGGACGGGCCAGCUCUGGGCGCAGGGCGCGCUCGCGGGCAAGUACGUCUCCGUGUUCGUCUCGACGGCCGGCCUCGGCGGCGGCCAGGAGACCACCGUCAUCAACCUGCUCUCCACCUUCGUCCACCACGGCCUCAUCUUCGUCCCCCUCGGCUACAGCAAGGCCUUCCCCAGCUCGCCAACCUCACCGAGGUCCACGGUGCACGCUCCACACACAGGCUCUCCAUGGGGCGCCGGCGCGUUCGCGGGCACCGAUGGCUCGCGCCAGCCGUCCGCGCUCGAGCUCCAGGUCGCCAAGAUCCAGGGCGAGCACUUCUACUCCGUCCUCUCGAAGGUCAACUUCUGAGUGGCGGGAGCUGAGCCCGAGGAAUGUACGAGUGGGACUUGAGUGACAUUGUAUCGUAUCGUAAUGGUCUCGUCGCUAUCGCUUGAUAUUUCUUCUUGACGGCU